UCGGACGCGUAUUUUUCAAUUUUCCCCCUUUCGUCCGGGAAAUCUAGGAAACCCUCGAAUUCUCCAUGGCUAAGCACGCUCAUACGGAGGAUCUAUCGGGCGAUACCCCUUCCAGCGGAUCGAUGUCCUCCUCCGAGGAAGAUGAGGAGCAACAGAACGAGAUGUCUGCGGACCUAGAGGACGAGGAAGAGCUCGAGGCAGUCGCGGGGACAACGAUCCAGGAUGAGGAGGACUCGCAAUCAACUGAGGACGAUCGUGCCGUGGGGGAUGGGGAUGUGAAGACAGAAGACGAGGAGAAUGAGCAGACUGAAGAAACAACUGAGAAGGCUGAGAUUGGGAAGCGGGAAAAAGCCAGGCUGAAAGACAUGCAAAGAAUGAAGAAGCAGAAGAUUCAAGAGUUAUUAGAUGCACAGAAUGCUUCCAUUGAAGCUGACAUGAAUAACAAGGGAAAGGGCCGACUGAAGUAUCUGCUGCAACAGACAGAGAUAUUUGCUCAUUUUGCUAAGGGGUCUCAAUCUGUAUCAGAUAAGAAGCCUAGAGGAAGAGGUCGUCAUGCUUCCAAACUUACUGAAGAGGAAGAAGAUGAAGAGUGCCUUAAGGAGGAAGAAGAUGGCCUUGGUGGUGCUAGAGGGACUCGCUUGGUAACACAACCAUCAUGUAUACAAGGGAAAAUGAGGGAUUAUCAACUAGCUGGACUGAAUUGGCUCAUCAGAUUGUAUGAAAAUGGGAUCAAUGGAAUUUUAGCUGAUGAGAUGGGUCUUGGGAAAACACUACAAACCAUUUCUCUGUUGGGUUAUUUGCAUGAAUUUAGAGGGAUAACAGGCCCUCACAUGGUGGUUGCUCCUAAGUCUACUCUUGGCAAUUGGAUGAGGGAGAUCAGACGCUUCUGUCCUAUUCUACGUGCUGUGAAGUUUCUUGGAAAUCCUGAAGAAAGGGCAAAUAUAAGGGAGAACCUAUUAGUGGCUGGAAAAUUUGAUGUAUGUGUUACUAGUUUUGAAAUGGCCAUCAAAGAGAAAACUGCUCUGAGACGCUUUAGUUGGCGUUACAUUAUCAUUGAUGAGGCCCAUCGUAUAAAGAAUGAGAAUUCUCUUCUUUCCAAAACAAUGAGGCUCUACAGUGCAAACUAUCGGCUUCUCAUUACCGGUACUCCUCUCCAGAACAAUCUUCAUGAACUGUGGGCUCUUCUAAACUUCCUACUUCCUGAGAUAUUUAGUUCAGCUGAAACUUUUGAUCAAUGGUUCCAAAUAUCUGGAGAAAAUGACCAGCAAGAGGUUGUUCAACAGCUUCAUAAGGUUUUGAGGCCAUUCUUGCUUAGAAGGCUCAAGUCUGAUGUGGAAAAAGGUCUUCCACCUAAGAAGGAAACUAUACUUAAAGUAGGGAUGUCCCAGAUGCAAAAGCAAUAUUAUCGCGCUCUGCUUCAGAAAGAUUUGGAGGUCAUUAAUGCUGGUGGAGAGCGCAAACGUCUUUUAAACAUUGCCAUGCAGCUACGUAAAUGCUGUAAUCAUCCAUAUUUAUUCCAAGGUGCAGAACCUGGCCCUCCUUAUACAACUGGAGAGCAUCUUAUUACUAAUGCAGGAAAAAUGGUGCUUCUUGAUAAAUUAUUACCCAAGUUAAAGGAGCGGGACUCUAGAGUUCUGAUAUUUUCACAGAUGACCAGGCUUCUGGAUAUUUUGGAGGACUAUUUACUUUUUCAGGGUUAUAAAUAUUGUCGGAUUGAUGGAAAUACUGGCGGUGAGGAACGGGAUGCUUCAAUUGAGGCAUUCAAUCGUCCAGGAAGUGAAAAAUUCAUUUUCUUGCUUUCAACAAGAGCUGGUGGCCUCGGAAUUAACCUUGCUACUGCUGAUGUUGUCAUCCUUUAUGAUAGUGAUUGGAAUCCACAAGUUGAUUUACAAGCCCAAGAUCGUGCCCAUAGGAUUGGCCAAAAGAAAGAAGUCCAAGUGUUCCGCUUCUGCACAGAGUAUACUAUUGAGGAAAAAGUUAUUGAGAGGGCUUACAAGAAACUUGCAUUAGAUGCUUUAGUGAUUCAACAAGGUCGUUUGGCAGAGCAGAAGGCUGUUAAUAAAGAUGAAUUACUCCAAAUGGUGCGCUUUGGUGCUGAGAUGGUAUUUAGUUCCAAGGACAGCACGAUAACAGAUGAAGAUAUUGAUCGUAUUAUAGCUAAAGGAGAGGAGGCAACUGCUGAACUUGAUGUGAAGAUGAAAAAGUUUACUGAGGACGCAAUCAAGUUUAAAAUGGAUGACAAUGCUGAGUUGUUUGUCUUUGAUGAUGAGAAGGAGGACAACAAAAUUGACUUCAAAAAGCUGGCUGCUGAGAACUGGAUUGAACCUCCGAAAAGAGAACGGAAGCGCAAUUACUCCGACACGGACUACUUCAAGCAAGCAAUGCGACAAGGAGCUCCAACGAAACCCAGAGAACCACGAAUUCCUCGCAUGCCUCAAUUGCAUGACUUUCAGUUCUUUAAUACGCAGAGGUUAAAUGAGCUAUAUGAAAAGGAAGUUCGGUACCUCAUGACACAACAAAAGAAUCAGUCAAAAGACACGAUGACUGAUGGUGAUGAGCCGGAUGAUGUUGGUGAACCAUUGACUGCAGAGGAACAGGAAGAAAAAGUGCAAUUGUUAGAGGAGGGCUUCACAACAUGGACAAGGAGAGAUUUUAAUGCAUUCACUCGAGCAUGUGAAAAAUAUGGUCGUAAUGAUAUCAAAGGUAUAUCUUUGGAAAUGGAGGGUAAAACAGAAGAGGAGGUUGAGCGAUAUUCCAAAGUCUUCAAAGAAAGAUAUAAGGAAUUGAAUGACUACGACCGAAUAAUUAAGAAUAUUGAAAGAGGUGAAGCAAGAAUUUCACGAAAGGAUGAAAUAAUGAGAGCUAUAGGAAAGAAGUUGGACCGCUAUAAGAACCCAUGGUUGGAGCUAAAGAUUCAAUAUGGACAGAACAAAGGAAAAUUGUACAAUGAAGAAUGUGAUCGUUUCAUGUUAUGCAUGGUGCACAAACUUGGUUAUGGAAACUGGGAUGAAUUGAAGUCAGCUUUUCGUACUUCACCCUUGUUCCGAUUUGACUGGUUUGUGAAGUCCCGUACAACUCAAGAACUUGCUAGGCGAUGCGAUACCCUAAUCCGUUUGGUGGAGAAGGAAAAUCAAGAACUUGAUGAGAGGGAGCGGCAAGCUCGGAAAGAUAAAAAACUCGCUAAGAAGUCAACACCAACAAAGAGGUCCAUGAUGAAGCCACCAACUGCAGAGAACCCUGCUUUGGCCUCCUUUAAGAGGCGAAAACAAUCAGUUAUGGAUGAUUAUCUUGGUUCUGGUACUAAAAGAGGAAACCAGUGAGGCUCCAAUGUGCUCCUCGUGAAGAUUCUCAGGGCCUUAUAGUUUUUUUGGGCAGGCCAAAAGACUAAUUCCAGUCUGCCAAAGAUGCAAAUGAAGGUUUAGCUGCUCUAUUUUCUGACACCACCUUUCCUAUGAUUCAUUAUUUGCUGGCUCACGCUUUGGAGCUUAUGGGCUUUGCUUUUGAUAGCCAUUCCCUGCAACCUUAUUUUGACCAUUGCAUGCCCUCAGCCUAAAUUUGUUCGUCUCGGCCAAUAUUUUUACCUGACUGCUAACAUAGUUGGGAUUUUUGUAUCUGUGAUCUUUAUUUUUAUAAAGCAUAAAAUUUAAGUUAUUGUCCAGCA